GUACCUACGUGAUGACAGUGACGGCAAACGAUGCAGAUGACAGUACUACAGCAAACGGGAUGGUGAGAUACCGAAUCGUGACUCAGACCCCACAGAGCCCAUCGCAAAAUAUGUUUACUAUUAACAGCGAGACAGGAGACAUUGUCACAGUGGCUGCUGGACUUGACAGAGAGAAAGUUCAGCAGUAUAUCGUCAUUGUUCAAGCCACAGAUAUGGAAGGAAAUCUUAACUAUGGUCUCUCAAACACGGCAACAGCGAUCAUUACGGUGACGGAUGUGAAUGACAACCCACCCGAAUUCACUACCAGCACUUAUUCAGGAGAAGUUCCUGAGAACAGAGUGGAGGUUGUGGUGGCAAAUCUGACGGUGAUGGACCGGGACCAGCCUCACUCUCCCAACUGGAAUGCCAUCUACCGCAUUAUCAGUGGAGACCCCUCUGGCCAUUUCACCAUCCGGACGGACCCCGUCACCAACGAAGGCAUGGUGACCGUCGUGAAG